GUGGUAACAUUUUUAGUGACAAAUGUAUUUUUUGUAUGGCAAUAUUGCAUAUUCCUCCAUGUCAAAAGAAAAAUGCCGCUGCCAAGAAGAAUCGUAAUGAUAAAGGUUGGUUUCCUGCGUUGACAGUGGAAUACGCGUAUUUUCUUUUAUAAGUCAACAAUAGCAUACAAAAUGUUCGAAAUGAACACCGCGGAACCUAUGCAAGUGGAUGUUCCACUAGAGGACAAUGAGAACAACGAAACCGAAUGUUACGUUGUCGAAAAUCCUACACUAGAUCUGGAAACAUAUGCCGCGUCUUAUACAGGUUUUGCCAAGUUGUACAGAUUGAUGUUUGUGGCAGAUCAUUGUCCUUCACUGAGAUUGGAAGCUCUCAAAAGCGCAAUUUCCUACGUUAUGAAAACUUACAAUGUGAGUCUUUACCAAACACUUCACAAGAAACUGGCAGAAGCAAUAGCAAGUUCCGGUCUACCUGAUGUUGCUGCUGUUGGUUCACAAGAUAUCCCAGUGCUUGACACUAUGUGGGUAGAAUCAAAAACGAAAAAGGCUGCCAUAAAGCUGGAGAAGUUGGACACAGACUUGAAAAACUAUAAAACAAAUUCAAUAAAAGAAAGCAUCAGAAGAGGACAUGAUGAUCUAGGCGACCAUUACCUAGACUGUGGAGAUCUUACCAGCGCCCUGAAAUGUUAUUCCAGGGCAAGAGAUUACUGCACUAGUGGCAAACACAUUAUCAUGAUGUGCCUCAAUGUAGUUAAAGUGUCAGUGUACUUGCAAAAUUGGGCACAUGUACUGAACUAUGUUUCUAAAGCUGAGGGCACACCUGACUUCAAUGAAGUUCCAGGGAAGGACUCAAAUCAAUCUAUUUUGACUCGUUUAAAAUGUGCUGCUGGACUUGCAGAGCUAGCAACAAAGAAAUAUAAAUCUGCUGCCAAACACUUUUUAGCAGCCAGCAUUGAUCACUGUGACUAUCCAGAACUGCUAAGCAGUAACAAUGUUGCAGUGUAUGGAGGUUUGUGUGCACUCGCCACCUUUGACCGCUCUGAACUCCAGAAGCAAGUCAUAGUUAGCAGUUCUUUUAAAUUAUUUCUAGAACUAGAGCCACAGUUACGUGACAUAAUUUUUAAAUUCUAUGAAUCGAAGUACGCUUCCUGCUUAAGGUUACUGGAUGAGAUGAAGGACAACUUGUUGUUAGAUAUGUAUUUAGCACCGCAUUUAAAUUCACUGUACAUGCAAAUUCGCAACAGAGCACUGAUCCAAUAUUUCAGCCCCUACCUCUCAGCUGACAUGCGCCUCAUGGCUGCAGCGUUCAAUCGCACUGUGAAUGCUCUUGAAGAUGAGCUAAUGCAGUUAAUUCUGGAUGGCCAGAUUCAAGCUCGUAUCGAUUCACACAACAAAAUUUUGUAUGCUAAAGAUGUGGAUCAGAGAAGCACCACUUUUGAAAGAAGUCUGGCUAUGGGAAAGGAAUACCAGCGACGGACAUCUAUGUUAAUUUUGCGUGCUGCCAUGCUCAAGAAUCAGAUUCAUGUAAAGAAUGUGGGUCGCGAGACAGGUCCUCAAAGUGGAGAAGCACCAGGUUCCAGCACUAGCCUCACGCCGCGCACUUUCGAUACUGUGCCCUUGUGAUGAAUCUACUCAUAAGAUAGUCAACUCACUUUUACAUGACAAUUUAAAUAUAAGUACCACUUACCAAAAUACAUUCAAACCCUACUAUCGAACAAUUACUAAUAUUUUUGUUAGUCCCUUAAAUCCAAUUCAUGUUAUUUACUUUGUCAUGUAAAAAAUGAUCUUAAUUUUAAAAGAACUCUUUUUGUGUACUGAAUAAUAUCCGCUUUUGUUUUUUCGUUUAUUGAGGAAUAGAUCCGCGUGAUUUCAGCAAUUUGCCACACAAUGUGCUGAUAUUGUUUUAAGGAAAAUGUUUUAUCAGCAAUCACAAAAACUUGAACAGCUGGUGCAAGCAUUAUUUCUCAACAUUGUUUAUACUGAAUAAUUCUAUGUAACCAUAAAAAUAUUAUGUCUACGUAAUUUUUAAUAACAUUAAAAAGUAAAGGCAUAA